AUGGCUUUUAUUAACUCAGUGAGAGCAGUUUUGCUCUUCUGUUUCAUCUUCUCUUCUCUCCAGAGCCUCUCAGUCCUUUGCUUUGAGUUCCAAGUUGGCGGACCCAAAGGAUGGGUCGUCCCACCAUCAAACGACAGCAAAAUCUACAACGAUUGGGCCUCUAAAAACAGGUUCCAACUCGGCGACACCAUUCGUUUUAAGUACAGCAAAGACUCGGUUAUGGAGGUGUCACAGGAAGAUUACAAAAAGUGCAAUUCAAGUCGGCCAAACUUCUUCUCCAACACAGGAAACACCGUUUUCAAGCUUGACCACUACGGUCCAUUCUACUUCAUCAGUGGUGUUUCUGGUCACUGCGAGAGGGGCCAACACCUCAUUAUCAAGGUCAAGACUCCCGGGGAUCAGUCUCAAUCCGACGGUGGCAAAUCGUCUGCUUCAUCACUUGUUGGUGCCUCCAAACUCGUCAUCGUUUCGCUCUUUGUUUUGUCGUUUGUUGCUUCUGUUGUCGUGUAG